GAUUGAUUGUUUCGAAGUUGGAGUGUGGAAUUUUGGGCACAGUGUACUGACUGUUCAUGCUCUACUAUUUUGUCGUGGAUUCGGAUUUGAAUCGCGGACAUAGGCGUGCAGCAAAUGGGUGUUUGCGGUUCCGUUUUUGGAUAAUACGGCGGAUCUUUGGAUGGAGGCUGCGGCGGGGAUGGGGUUAACCGAGGGGGGAGUUGGCGAGAAGCGGCGGCAGUACGACUCCAAGGAUGCGAGUGCGCAGCCGAAGAGAUUUAAGGGAGGGAGUGUGGUUACCGAUUUGAAAAAUGUUGCGGGGAUCGUGCUGGUGAUGGCGGCGAUGGGGAAGAUGAGGGGAGGGAAGACGCCUACCGAGGCGGAGAAGGAGAUGAUGAAGGAGGCGCGGAAUGGCUUGGUUAAGGUUUGCGAGAGUUUUAAGCCUGAGGAGGUGUUUCGAAAGGAUGCUUUUGGUGGAGUUGUUGAGAAUUUGGGGCUUAAUCGAGUCAAGGCACAAAGGAUAGGGUUUCAACCUUCUGCAAUGUCCAUUGCUCAGAAGUUAUUGGACUCGAAAAAAAAGAUGGAACAAGCAGCUGAUUUGGUGUUACCAUUAACUCUACCUUUGUCUCAAUGUUGCCGAGGGAGUUCUGGUGCGUCACUUCAUUUUCAAGCAUCUAAAAUAGGAAGUUCAGCAGCUUUAAAAUAUCAGCUUCCUUCUAGUGAGAUCAAACCAGUUGCUUCCUGUGCUUUUCAAUCAAACAACUCUGUUUCUGUAGCUCUGAGCCAAAGUGAAAAACCGAAUCUGAGAUCAGAUGGACAAUCAAAAGGUUCAACACAUGUUUCACAAGCUCAAGGUACGGCUCAAUCAGAUAUUAAGGUGGUCGAAAUUAUGUCCCAUCAAGUUUGGGGUAGUACUGCAACACAUGGAUUGACCACUCAAGAGAAGUUUGGCGCAAUUAUUGCACAAACAGGAACUAUACAACCUUCAGAAGUUGCUAAUAAUGCCCAGGCUUCUAUGGAGACUACCCAUUCUGAAAUUGGCAGUAUUGUUAAGCAACUAUUGCAACCAUUAGCGUCUGGGCGCCGCACUUGGUUUCCACUUUCCCGGGAAUAUAUAAACAAGGCUUUGACUUGUCAAAUUUGCACAGCUACUGUUACUGAGAUAGAUACCAUACUCAUCUGCGAUGCUUGCGAGAAAGGGUAUCACUUGAAAUGCCUCCAAGCAACCAAUCAAAAAGUCAUUACAAGAGGAGAGUGGCAUUGUGCAAAAUGCUUGUCAUUGAGCAAUGGGAAACCCUUCCCUAUCAAGUACGGCCUUGUUUUGAGGAAUGCCAACACGUCCUCAUCUUCAAAUUCAAGUGCUGUUCCAUCUGCUCCAACUAAACAAGUCAUCAAUAUUUCAGAUGCGAAGGUUGGCCAGCCAAGGGUCACAGAACAUGGAAAAUCUAGGAGACAAAAUGUUCCUACUAAUGCUGCAGUCGACAAAGACAUUUUUUUGACUGAGGGUAAGAUUGAUGGUAAAGUGUCUUCUAAGAAAUGGCCAGAUUUGACAAUGGAAACCUCUAAUUCUGCUUGUUUUGCUUCAUUAAAUUCACCAGCAGACAAAGCAGAUGAUGGAAUGGUUUCAAAUUUGCCUAAUGCUCAAGAUGGCACGUCGUUGAUAUUAUAUGGUGAAUCAAAUACGGUAAAGAGAUUCCUAGAAAAUUGCAGUUCACCUGCAGAUUCGAAAGAAUCUCCUGGAGACAAGAGUUCAAAUCAUACAUCUACGGUACUGAAGGAGAAAAACCUAACCAAUUCUGGAUCCUUGGAUCAAGAUAGAUCUUCUGAUUGUUUGCAUUCUAUCAAGUGGGUUGGUGAGCCAGUUCAAGUUUUGGAUAAGAAAAUCUAUUAUACAGCUUGCAGCAUCAAUGGACAUGUUUACAGAGUCACAAGCCAUGUUGUUAUUCAUCUUGACAAUGGAAAACCUACGCCUUCAAGGCUCCGGGCUAUGUGGGAGGAUACUUGUACCUCAAAGAAGUGGGUAUCGGUAAAUCGGUGUUACUUUCCCGGUGAGAUGCCGGAGGGUGUUUGUCAUCCGUGUAGCUUGUCGAGCAGUGAGGUCUAUGAGUCUGCACAAAGUAUAACGUUGUUGAUGGAUGGUUUAAUAGAAAGCCCAUGCAAAGUCCUUCCAGCAGGUGAGUUUGAUGAAGAAACUGAGAAGAGAAAGGAUCUGAAUGGCUGUUUUGCUUCAAUUCCGAUGUACUUGUGCAGAUGGAUUUACGAUGAAACGAAAGGGCUAUUCCGAGAUAUUUCAUGUUAACCAACACCUACUACCUACUAGUACGGUAAGGGAUGAAUUGAUCCUGAGUGUUUAAAUUUAAACCAUGAAGAUAGACUAAUUCAUUCUUACAUAUAUACUCGGUUUUGUUUCGUUUAUUACAUUAUUAUAUUCUAUUACAGACACCAAAGUGAUAAACCUUGGUA